GACCACACUCUUCUGCUUUAGGAGGACAGUGUUGCAAUAACAUUUUCCUUCAGACAGACAAGCCUCGCACAGCGGGAAGCAGGACUUUUCUUUUUAAGCACAUUUUGCUUGAUCAUGAGGACAGCCUUUGCAUUGAACGCGUAGGGGAUUUUAUGGGGAUCUGAAGUUUGUCUUUUGGAAUUUUUUGGGGGGAAGAGCAGCUAACCAAAUGCCAGUUAAACGAAUUGCACCAGGACAGUAGAGGAAAAUUAACGACUUUUUUCUUUUUCUUUUUUGGAACACCACAGCAGUUUGCUUAUUAAACCAAGCAACUUUUUUAUUAACAUUAUUAUUAUUAUGUAUUCUGGGUAUAUUCUGUUGGUGUUAUCACACUAAAACACUUGAGACGUGGAUUAAUUUACUUGGGUUUGGUUUCUGAAGAAUGUACUUACUUGAUAGUAAUUACCCGGAAAGGAUGGAGCGGGGUACGUCACAAAGGAAAACAGUGUAUCGGAUCUCUUUGACAUUAGUGAAAAAAGAGAAUCUGCACGAUGGAGGAGGCUCAGCACACCGGCGACUGGAGAACCCUAAAGUGAGCGCUUACCGGCGUGAGGGAUCCUGUGAGAUUCAGCGGAGCUCCCAGCUAGAAGAACUAAAAGAAGUUGAGGAUGAGACAGACGAAUUUUCUGGCCACUCAUACAUGAGAAACUUUAGGACCUUUAGUACUGGACAUCUGGAGCUGGGCAGGUUAAAAAUCUCUAGGAGGGCACAGAAUUUACACAAAGACAGGGAAUUAAAUGAAACCUGCAUCUUGCCAGAGCAUGGUCAGAGCAAGGCAACUGAGAAUGGGGCAUCAAUGCACACAAAGAAUGCAGCGGCAAAGAAUAUGACUGAAACAGAUAGACUAAAGCAUGGAGAAAUCUGCAGUGCAGCUGCGCCUAAUAGACAAAACACAGGCAUUAGAAAGAAGAUCCUUAAGACCUCCAGGAGCACAGAAGAACCGGUAAGUACGUGGUCAAAUGAGACUCAGGCCUCCGAGGAGGCAAAGAACUUUCAGAAGGUAGGCAGGACAGCCAAAGAGAGCUGCAUCUCCUCUUUGCUGGCUAAAGGGAAUGGGAAGUCACCCAAGCCAGCACCUCAAACCCCCCCAGUGAAGAGGCACCCAAGCCUGCUGCGCCGAAGUUUCAGCUUUCGCCACUGGACGGGUGGAGAGUUGGUUCGCAUACGGGCACUCUCCAAAGAGAAGCACCACAGCAGCUCGGGCUGCAUCGACCGUGACGGGGGGGAGAGCCAGGCGCAAUCCGGCGUGGUUCUGCAAAACCCAGCCUUCGAUGAGUCGGAGUCCACUGAGAAGCGAAACACCUUGGAUGUUGGCGAGGUCCUGAGCAAAACGGACUCCAUGACGGAGCUAAGCCGAAGGGACAGGGCAAAGGGCAAGAACCGCACCUUGGACAACAGUGACCUGCUCAGGCUUUCAGAGAAAUCUUUGGUGGAAAAGGAGGGUUUCAUCAGAGGGACAGGCUCCCGUUCUAGUGGACAGGAGCGUAAACUCAUUCGAUUCUUCAGCGGUAUCUUCUCAAAGCGAGAUGGGACGUCCACACCAUUGGGCAGCCCCAGCAAUCGGGCACUCCGAAAGAACAUCCUGCUGGGAUCUCAGCGGCGAUCCGAAAUGGGCUACUCACAGUCCAGCACAGAGAGUGUCAACGGAUGCCCACUGGACGAUGCCUUUGUCAACAGUCAGGAGUGGACGCUCAGUCGCUCAGUACCAGAACUCAAAGUGGGCAUUGUGGGUAACUUAGCCAGUGGGAAGUCUGCACUGGUGCACAGGUAUCUGACGGGGACAUACGUGCAGGAAGAAAGCCCUGAAGCUGACGUGGAUGCAGGCGGACGUUUUAAAAAGGAGAUCGUAGUGGAUGGACAGAGUUACCUUCUCCUGGUUAGGGAUGAAGGGGGACCUCCGGAGGCUCAGUUUGCAUUGUGGGUGGAUGCGGUGAUCUUUGUGUUCAGUCUUGAGGAUGAGAUCAGUUUUCAGACGGUCUAUCACUACUAUAGUCGUAUGGCCAACUACCGCAACACAGCAGAAGUGCCCCUGGUGCUUGUGGGAACUCAGGAUGCUAUCAGUGCAGCUAACCCACGUGUCAUUGAUGACACACGUGCUCGCAAACUGUCUAAUGACCUGAAGAGGUGCACCUAUUACGAGACCUGCGCCACCUACGGCCUCAACGUGGAACGGGUCUUCCAGGAUGUGGCUCAGAAAAUAGUUGCAACCCGGAAGAAACAGCAACUGUCAAUUGGACCCUGUAAGUCACUGCCCAACUCUCCAAGCCACUCCUCAGUCUGCGCAGCACCUGUGUCCGCAGUGCACAUCAACCAGACCAGUAAUGGCGGAGGCAGUUUGAGCGAUUACUCCUCUUCCGUGCCCUCGACUCCAAGUACCAGUCAGAAGGAAUUGCGGAUUGAUGUGCCCCAAACUGCCAACACCCCAACGCCCGUCCGCAAGCAGUCCAAACGACGCUCCAACCUCUUUACGUCUCGGAAGGGGAGCGAACCAGACAGGGAGAAGAAAGGGAUGGAUGGUCGUGCAGACAGCAUUGGAAGUGGCCGCGCUAUCCCAAUUAAACAGGGCAUGUUACUGAAAAGAAGCGGCAAAUCGCUCAACAAAGAGUGGAAGAAAAAAUAUGUCACGCUUUGUGACAAUGGAGUCCUCACCUAUCAUCCCAGUCUGCAUGAUUACAUGCAGAAUGUUCAUGGGAAGGAGAUCGACCUGCUUCGGACUACAGUGAAGGUUCCAGGGAAGAGGCCCCCAAGGGCCAUCUCCACAUGUGCAGCCCCCAGCCCCAAAACCAACGGGCUGGCCAAGGACAUGAGCAAUCUGCAGCUUGGACAGACACCUGCAGGCUCUGUAAGCAGUAGUUCUUCUGCAUCUCAGAUGGCGAGUGGCAUCAAUCUGGUGUCGUUUAACAGUCGGCCGGACGGGAUGCAUCAGCGCUCAUACUCUGUGUCCAGCGCUGACCAGUGGAGUGAUGCCACAGUCAUCGCCAACUCAGGAAUCAGCACAGAUACUGGCCUGGGAGAUUCCAUGUGCUCCAGUCCUAGUAUAUCCAGCACCACCAGUCCAAAGAUGGAUCCACCCCCAUCGCCUCAUGCCAACCGCAAAAAACACAGGAGGAAGAAAAGUACUAGCAACUUCAAGGUUGACGGCUUCUCUGGCACCGCAGAAGAACAAGAGGACAACUUUGAGUUCAUCAUCGUGUCUUUGACGGGACAGACAUGGAACUUUGAGGCAACGUCCUAUGAGGAGCGGGACGCGUGGGUGCAGGCCAUUGAAAGCCAGAUCCUGGCAAGCCUGCAAUCCUGCGAGAGCAGCAAACAGAAGUCUCGUCUGAGCAGCCAAUCAGAAGCCAUUGCACUGCAGUCGGUCAGGAACAUGAGAGGAAAUACACGUUGUGUGGACUGUGAAGCCCAGAACCCUGAUUGGGCUAGUCUGAAUCUGGGCGCUCUGAUCUGUAUCGAAUGUUCAGGUAUUCAUCGUAACCUGGGUACUCACCUGUCCCGUGUCCGCUCCUUGGACCUGGACGAGUGGCCUCUUGAGCUCAUCAAGGUCAUGUCGGGCAUUGGCAAUGAACUCGCCAAUAGCGUGUGGGAAGCCAAUGCUCAAGGACGCCUAAAGCCUGCCCCUGAUGCUAGCAGAGAGGAACGUGAGCGCUGGAUCAGGGCCAAAUAUGAGCAGAAGCUGUUUUUGGCAUCGCUAACCUGCACAGAACUGACUCUGGGACAGCAGUUAUUGCAUGCCACGGCAGAGGAAGACCUGCGCUUUGUGGUUAUACUGCUGGCCCACGGCUCCAGAGAUGAGGUCAACGAAACCUGUGGGGAUGGGGACGGCCGGACAGCCCUGCAUCUGGCAUGCCACAAGGGAAACGUGGUGAUCACACAACUACUCAUAUGGUACGGGGUGGACAUCAUGGCACGGGAUGCCCACGGCAAUACGGCGUUGGCAUACGCACGGCAGGCUAACAGUCAGGAGUGUAUGGACGUCCUUCUUCAGUACGGUUGUCCCGACGAGCGUUACCCGCUCAUGGCAACGCCCAACUUGUCACGCAGGAACAAUAACCGCAAUAACAGUUGCAGCAGCAUGAACAGUGCAGUUAUAUGAGGAAUAAAACUCACAGGAAUACACUCACAUUCACAUGCACAUUUUAUACAUGCACUCCCUCUCCCUCGCUACACACACUCUCAUGUACACCAUCCACCACUAUUUCAGAAUCAUGAGAGCAGCAUAUACCAGACUCAAGGGAAUGACUUCAACAUUGAUGAUGAUGAUGCAUGAGCGUUUGCACUCACAACCCCACUUGGCACCCUGACUAUUCAAGCUAUUUGUUUGAAAAUCUUGUCAUGGAAAGGGCCUUGGUCACCUCUUCUCGUUGACUUUUUUUGGGAGAGUCCUCCAUCUCAAAUGUCUUGCUGCAUUAUGGAACAAAAAAAUAAAAAAAUGAAAACAGCCAUACUUUCAUUUUUAAAGGUACCAGUUUUGGGAGAUUAGGGAAUGGGUUAGUGAACUGUUGGGCAGUUGACACAUCUCCCAUCUGCAACCUGCUCCCUGCUUCUUUUCUGUGAAGUCUAACAUAUGGCAUAGCAAGACAGGAAAUUAUGAGGCAGUAUGGGAUACUUACUCUUACGCUGGAUCUCCAAAUAUGACCCAGAAGUCCCAGAGAACUUCAUUUUGGUCGCUAUCUCUUCUCUCUUUCGCACUGUUUCAGUGCAUCUAUUCUCACUCAGUUUCAGCCAUUUACAUCAUUAUGUCCACUUUUUAAGAAAUGUGAAAGGAUGUUUUGAUGUAACAGCAUUUUUGGAAAAUACCCCAAUAUUGAAUCAUAGUUUGAAUCUGACUUGAUCUUUUAAACUUUUUUGUUUUAACAGGUCAUAAAUUGUUGCAGAGUAGUUUUUAUCUUGUUGCUUAUUGUUGGACCAACAGAAGAUUCUUAAAAUGAGGCAUUUGUUUAUUGACUUUUUUUUUUUUUUUACUUUUCUCCGAAGGGAAUUACUUGUUUAUAUUUUGCAGAUGUACGUUUUACUUUAAACACGUCAAAAUAGCCUUACACGUUGAUACCCAUCCAUCGUGUUUCUUAAAGCUGAAAGACAGGAUUCUUUACCUGAAUUCAGGUGACAGUGAAGUAUGCAGGCGCAGAUGUGUGUGUUACAGAUUCAGAUUAACUACAGUACACUGAUUGACACAUUACUGUUUCCAGAUGGAAGAGUGCCGGCUAAAGCUAAGUCUGAUCUCAUGUGUUUAACAUCACCAUCCAUUUUGUUUCCUCAUUUUAUGAUAGAAAUACCAACACAGGUUGGGUCUCGUAACAUCUCUCAGCACAGAAUAACAGGAAAAAACUCUAGACCACAAAAUUUGGUCAUGCAAGAGACUGAAAUGUGCUUUCAGUAUGUAAUGUGCCCUUUCAAGCCAUCUUUGUCUGUCACUGUUCACACACUUAGCACUGCAUGGAAGCCGGAUCCCGCCACAGAAUAAAAAAAAUAAAAUUCUGACUUAUAGCAACUUUAUAACUCACAAAUGUUGCAAUUAAAAAUAAUGUCGCAAUUGUGAGAAAUAAAAUCGUGUAGACUUAAUUGUCUCACAAUUUUUGCAACUGCAGGUUUAUAUCUCACAAUUUCUAAUUGAUAUUUUGCAGUUUUGACUGUAUUUCUCGCAGUUUAAUAAAGUAAAAAUGGGGAGAAAAUUGUGAAUUUAUAUUUUGCAAUUGCGACUUUGUAUCUUGCAAUUUUCACUGUAUUUCUCACAAUUUAAUAGUCGAAAUUCUGAGAUAUAAAGUUGCAAUUGCAAGAAAUAAAGUCGCAAUCGGGAGAAAUAAGCUCAAUUGCAAUUAUAUAAUUUAGAAUUUUGACAUUGUAUCUCACAAUUUCGACUAUUAAAUUGCGUAAAAAUAGUCAAAAUUGCAAUAUUUUUCUCGCAAUUGCGAGUUUAUAUCUCUCAAUUUCGACUUUAUUAAAUUGUGAGAAAUACAGUGAAAAUUGCAAGAUACAAAGUUGCAAUUGCAAGAAAUAGUUGCAAUCAUGAGAAAUAAGCUUGAUUGCAACUUUAUAUCUUUUAGAAUUUUUAUAUAAUAUCUCACAAUUUCGACUAUUAAAUUGCGUAAAAAUAGUCAAAAUUGCAAUAUUUUUCUCGCAAUUGCGAGUUUAUAUCUCUCAAUUUUGACUUUAUUUCUACCAAUUGUGUGAUAUUUGCGAGAUAUCAAAUCUUAAUUCCGUGAUAUAAAGUCGCAAUCGUGAGAAAUAAAAUCGCAUAGACUUUGUAUCUUGCAAUUUUCACUUUGCUUCGCAAUUGCAGCUUUAUAUCUCACAAUUUAAAAUAUUGUCUUGCAAUUUUUACUUUAUUUCUCGCAAAUAGUCAAAAUUGUGAGAAAAUUGGGACUUUAUAUAUUGCAAUUGCGACUUUGUAUCACAAAUUUGACUGUAUUUCUCACAAUUUAUUAAAGUCGAAAUUCUGAGAUAUAAAGUUGCAGUUGCAAGAAAUAAAGUCUCAAUCGGGAGAAAUAAGCUCAAUUGCAAUUAUAUUUAGAAUUUUGACAUUGUAUCUCACAAUUUCGGUACAGUAUAAGCUAUUUCUCACAAUUGCAAAUUUACCACACAAUUGUGACUUUAUAUUUUGUAAUUGAGACUUUAUAUAUCGCAAUUUUGACUUUUUUCUAGCAAUUGAGUGAUAUAUACUUGCAAUUGCAAGAAAUAAAGUCUAUUGCCAAUUUCUCGCAAUAGCAUGGUUAUAUCUCUUAAUUGCGAGAAAUAUGGUCAGAGUUUUCAGAUAUAAAGUCAGAAUUACCUUAUGUUUUUCUAAUUCGUGGCAGGGUAAAGACUACAUAGCACUGAAUCCUGUCCAAUGUUUCUUAGUGAAGAGAGGGGUGCUCUGGAUCUACAUUCCCAAUCUGUACUUGUUCUUUCUUCACGUGACUAUUUCUCUCUCUCUCUCUCUCUCUCUCUCACUUUUUUUUUCUUUUGUUAGUGGUGUACUAUAUAGAAAAGAAUUUGAGAAAAUAAAAAUCUCCCCCUGAUAAAAUCUUUAUAUAUAUAUAUAUAUAUAUAUAUAUAUAUAUAUAUAUAUAUAUAUAUACCAGUCAAAAGUUUAGAGUCACUUACUUAUUCUUUAUUUUUAUUUUUUUCACAUUUUAGAAUAAUAGUAAAGUCAUCUAAACUAUGUAAUAACAGAAAUGGAACUGGGAAUUAUGUUGUGACUAUAAAAAUCCAAAAUAAAUCAAAACUGUGUUAUAUUUUAGCAUCUUAAGUAGCCACCCUUUGCCUAGAAUUUGCAGACAUGUACUCUUGGCAUUAUCUCAACCAACUUCUUGAGGUAUCACCCUGGGAUGCUUUUUAAACAGUAUUGAAGGAGUUCCCAUCUAUGCCUGGCACUUAUUGGCUGCUUUUCUUUAUUAUUUGGUUAACGUCAUCCAUUUCCAAAAAUUAUUAUUUUUAUUGUUUUUAAAUACAAUUUUAGUUUUGUAAUGAAAUCAAUUAAUAUGUUGGCACAAUUAUAUUUUUGUCUAUAAAACUCAUUUGACACAUUUAAGAAUACGCCUUCUGAUCAAAAGGUUUUAAGAUCAUGAGAAACAUUUCAGUCAAGUGACCCCAAACUUUUGAACAGCGGUGUAUAUACGUUUUUAUCUAACACUCCCUUUGUUUCAAAGCCAGGUUAAGGUCUCUGAUGAAGGUGCAAGUGUGCCUGUUAGAGUUGAAUUCACACUGCUUUUUUUUGUUCACAUUCUGUCUCCUUUCUGGCACUCUCUCCUUUAACAGUUCUUCAUUUCCUCCUUGCCUUUAUCUUCUUGAUUGUGUCAAUGAUCUGUGGGAGUAUUCAAGCAAUAUGAAGCCAAGUUUAAGCCAGGUUGACAGGUAAUAAUUGCUGACCAUGUUCUUGUACAUUACCCUAGCAGUCUGAGCAGUCUUUGUCAUUGAGAGAUGUAAAGUCUGAUGUAAGACUCUGUCUCAGAGCAUAUAUAUAAUUAUAUCAUGGAGUAAGAUAUUGACUUGCUUCAUAAUAUGAUAUGAUGGGCUUUGAUCAUUUCAUCUCUCCUCCAGUUGAUUUUACUCUUUGCUAGAUAGAAGAAAUGUGAAAGUUAGGGAUUGUGAUGCGUAAAAGGGAUAAAAGAGUGAGACUUUGUAAUGUAGAAAUUGUAUUCUACAAUACAAACAACCUGGAAGUCGUCAAGCUGCCAGCAUUAGUAGAUAGCUAUUUGGGACAUUAUGUGAAGACUCUUUAUAGUAAGUAGUUUUUCAGGGUUUAGAUCUUAAUGGAAACCAUUGAGUUAAAAAGAUUUAGUAAAGGACAGGCCCGAUAUGGAUAGGAUUUUAAAUUAAUGUACAGUUAAUUUUCAGCUCAAAAAGGUGCAGUUUUUGCCUUGUAUAUAACGUAGCAAGCCUUUUUAGAGGCUUUACCACAAUAACCAUUAUUUAUGACUAAAUGCACUACACAGAUCACUUGUUGUGAAGAACCCACAAUAUAACUUUGAGUCCUUUCUGUGGAACAAGUCAUUUUUGUUUUUGAUCUUUUUGCAUGAAUGAUGUAAAUGUCUUUGUCUUCAUAAGAUGACUGUACCGUGGCAGGUGACACUAGAGAUUCUGCCAUUUUAAUAUGAAAACAAAAAAAUAUUUGUUAUCAGUUUAUUAACUUUUUUUGUCAGUAACCCCCCUCCACUUUUGUAAUUCAAACUCCUUGAGCAAAACUGGUCUUUUUUUUUUUUUUUUUCAUCCGUAUAUCUGUAACCAAAUCAGGGAAAGCAUGAAGGAGCAAAAGAGACAAAUGCAACCAAUACUGUGAUGGCAACCAAAGGAUUAUGCCCCCAAUUUGAGCAAAUAAUGCAGAUGUUUGGGGGGGUUAUCAGUUCAUUCAAAGUUGCUUGAACAUAUCCUUGUUUUGGCUCUAAUUUCCAUUCACCCAUCUCAACUUAGUUUUCACUGUGUAAAUAGAUGUACAAAUUUAGAAACGCAUAAUAUCAUGUUUUUGUUUUCUUUGUUCUUGUUUGUGUUUUUACCUCAUUUCUGUGACAGUAUCCAUGAUACAUUCAAACCUGAGAGACCCGUUUAAUUAUUUAUGAAUGAAUAUGCUAAUCUGAAAGGGGACAGGCUCUCUCACACUACUUGGGUUUUGUAUUUGUUCCUUUAUUCAGUCCAUCAAACUAUCACCAUUCUAAUUAGAAUUAUUGGUGUUGUAUAUCUAAUUAUUAUUGUUAUUAUAUUGAGUUUGUGUCAGCUGUACAGUACUGUGUUGAAAAAUUAUACCUGAUGCAGAGUAUUAUACUGUAAUGUGUCUCUUUUCAAUAAAAUAAAAUAAAAAAAUGCUUCUUA